AUGGCCCAGGUAAACGGAGGAGGAUCGUCCAGCAGCAAGGCCCCCGCGCCUGCGUAUGAAUCCCAGGGCAAGAUGAAUGUCGAGCCGCCCAGGCAAGAGGACCUUCAGCAGAGCUAUGCCACCCUUAUCGGCAACGAUCCCAACCCCAAAGGCUGGUAUGGUAGCAUGAUUAAUACCAUUGGCGCCUGCAUUGGAACCAUGGGAGCCAUCCCCCUGUGCUUCUGUUGCCCGAAUCCAUAUAAGAACGUUAAUCAGGGCAAUGUUGGUCUUAUCACCAAGUUCGGUCGAUUCUACAAGGCUGUCGAUCCUGGUCUGGUCAAAGUGAACCCGCUCAGCGAGAAGCUCCUCCAGAUCGAUGUCAAGAUCCAGACAUCAGAGGUUCCUGAGCAGUUUUGUAUGACCAAGGACAACGUCACUUUGCGUCUAACCUCUGUUAUCUACUACCAUAUUGUGGCUCCUCACAAGGCGGCCUUUGGUAUCUCCAAUGUCCGCCAGGCCCUUCUUGAGCGCACCCAGACUACCUUGCGUCAUGUCAUUGGCGCUCGCGUUCUUCAGGAUGUCAUUGAGCGACGUGAGGAGAUUGCCGACUCUAUCCGCGAAAUUAUUGAAGACGUCGCUGCAGGAUGGGGCGUGCAGGUUGAGAGCAUGCUCAUAAAGGACAUCAUUUUCAGCCAGGACCUUCAGGAGUCGCUUUCUAUGGCCGCCCAGAGCAAGCGUAUCGGUGAAAGCAAGGUCAUCGCUGCCAAGGCAGAGGUCGAGUCUGCCAAAUUGAUGCGACAGGCAGCCGACAUCCUCAGCUCUGCUCCGGCCAUGCAGAUUCGUUACCUAGAAGCUAUGCAGGCCAUGGCGAAGUCGGCCAACAGUAAAGUUAUCUUCCUGCCUGGCUCCAGCCAAAAUAUGACGGCUUUCAACAACGCCCUGAAUGCCACCCAUGAGAUUGGCGAGGGCAGCGGCCACAACCGAAAUGACAAUAGUAACAAUGACUUUGGAGGUCAGGACCCCGGUUUGCAAGCCGCCAUCAACGCCCGCGUCGUAGAGAACAUCUAA